UAAUUAUUUACCUUUUUUUGCCCUCCAAUUUUCACAAUGAGUCUGCGGAGUGCGGACAACAAAACCCUCUCUCACUGAACUGAACUGAACUGGUUGGCGGGAACCAAAACUGCGCAUAGAGGGUGAGUCCAGAUGGGAUCUGAACCCCAAUCGAUUCUUCCGAAAUGGGCGUCAAAACCCUGCAUUAUGGGAAUUGAUGAAGCUGGCCGUGGUCCUGUUCUUGGACCUAUGGUGUACGGAUGUUUGUACUGUGCUCGUUCCUAUGAGAAGACUCUUUCUACCUUGAACUUUGCAGAUUCAAAGACUCUAAAAGAAGAGAAGAGGGAAGAAUUAUUUGAAAAUUUAAAGGCUAAUGAAGCAAUUGGAUGGGCUGUUGACGUUAUUGAUCCAAAGGAGCUUUCUGCUAAAAUGCUAAAAAAGAAUAAGAUAAACUUAAAUGAAAUAUCGCACAACUCUGCAACUGGCCUUGUCACUAGGGUGCUAAACAUGGGAGUUCUUUUGACUGAGGUUUAUGUGGAUACAGUGGGAGACUCUGAGAAAUAUAGAGUCAAACUAUCUGAAAGAUUUCCUUCCAUCAAAUUUAUUGUUGCAAAGAAGGCUGAUAGUGUUUACCCUGUUGUGAGUGGAGCAAGUAUAGUUGCAAAGCAGGUUACAAGAGACCGAGCCUUGCGAGAAUGGGCACUUGAUGAAACAGCUGAAGGCAUAAAUAGGAGCUUUGGUUCUGGAUAUCCUGGAGAUCCUGAAACCAAGGCAUGGUUGGAACAACACAAACACCACAUAUUUGGAUUUCCAACACUGGUCCGCUUCAGUUGGGGCACGUGCAAUUCCUAUUUCAAAGACAUUGUUGAAGUCUUGUGGGAAUCAGAUAAAAUGGAUGAAGAUUGUUCUAGCAAUGGGAAACGGCAAUUGAAGUUGAGCAGUUUUGGUGUCACUGCACCCAAAAGGAAGAGUGAAGAAAUAGAAUCAAGUGGUAAAGGACGCUGCAGAUUUUUCCAAGCUCGUAAACUUGAGCAACUCUCUCAAUUUUAGCAAAGUUCACCUUUUGUUUAUUUGAUAGCUUUACUUGUUGUAGUUUCAAAUCAACGCCCGAUUUGAUUAUUCCUACUUAGUAAUUAAACACAGAUUGUAGAAUCUUGUAGUGUUUAAGAGAUGAAAUUUUAAGUGGGUAAUACAAUAUCCACAUCUGAAAUAUGAUUGCAGAAUUUAUAUUGUUA